AGUACAAAUCGAUCUUUUUGGGCACCGUCGACCCGAAUUCGGAUAUGUCAAAGCUGAAGCGGGCAUUCAAUUCACAAAAAUGCAUUCGCGCGGGUGGAAAACACAACGAUCUCGACGAUGUCGGAAAGGACUCGUACCACCACACCUUCUUCGAGAUGUUGGGUAACUGGUCGUUCGGGGAUUACUUCAAGAAAGAAGCUAUUUCAUAUUCAUGGGAACUCUUGACCGAGGUAUACAAGCUGCCCAAGGACAGGCUAUACGUCACGUAUUUCGAAGGCGACAGUAAGAACGGCCUCGAGCCGGAUCUAGAGGCCAAAGAGUACUGGCUCUCGCAGGGUGUCGCGGAGGAUCACAUUCUGCCCGGGAACGCAAAAGACAACUUUUGGGAGAUGGGUGCGACGGGCCCAUGCGGGCCUUGCAGUGAGAUACACUACGAUCGGAUCGGCGGCAGGAACGCAGCCCACCUCGUGAACCAAGACGACCCCGAUGUCCUCGAGAUCUGGAACAACGUGUUCAUCCAGUUCAACCGCGAGGAUGACGGAUCGCUCAAACUGCUUCCGUCAAAACACGUCGAUACCGGUAUGGGCUUCGAGCGUCUCGUGUCGGUCGUGCAGGACAAGCGGUCCAACUACGACACCGAUGUCUUCACCCCCAUCUUCGAUAAAAUUCAGGAAAUGACGGGCGUCAGGCCAUACAAAGGAUUAUUCGGCGCUGAGGAUGUGGACGGAAUCGAUACCGCAUACCGCGUCGUUGCGGAUCACGUGCGCACACUCACUUUUGCUCUGAGCGACGGAGGCGUCCCGAACAACGUCGGACGAGGAUACGUUCUGCGUCGGAUUCUUCGUCGUGGUGCUCGCUAUGCGCGGAAGAAGCUCGGCGUCACGAUCGGGUCGUUCUUCUCUACUUUGAUGCCAGUCUUGGUGGAGUCCAUGGGCGACGUCUUCCCUGAAAUCACAAAGAAGCUGGAUGAAAUCAAGGAAAUACUUGAUGAAGAGGAAGAGUCGUUCUCGCGAACGCUGGAUCGGGGCGAGAAGCUGUUCGAUCAAUUCGCCACUCGUGCAAGGGAAACCGGGCAAACAGAGCUGAACGGCAAAGAUGUCUGGCGGCUGUACGACACGUUCGGGUUCCCAGUGGAUCUGACUCGGCUGAUGGCGGAGGAACUCAAGCUGGGUAUCAACGACGCAGAGUACGAGGCAGCUCAAGCUGCAUCGAAGGAGGCGAGCAAAUCUUCUCAGAAGAAAGACGCCGGGGAGGUUGUCAAGCUGGAUGUGCAUGAUAUCGCGGCAUUGGAAAAGAACAGUAAUGUGCCCAAGACGGAUGACUCUUACAAAUACGGUAAACAAUCCCAAUGUGGUGUAUCAUCUCUACCCGCUCACCUGCUCUACAGCCUCUGGAAACGUCACCGCCUCGGUCAAAUCCAUUUUCUACAACAAAUCCUUCGUCGAGUCGACGGGCAGCAUCCCAGAAAGUGCAUCGUUUGGUGUCAUCCUAGACAAGACGAGCUUCUAUGCCGAGUCUGGUGGCCAGGAAUGUGACACUGGCAACAUCGUCAUCGACGGAGUUGCAGACUUUGAGGUCACGGGAGUGACGGUCUUCAAUGGGUAUGUCCUGCAUGUCGGCCAUCUCAAGUAUGGCCAAUUGAGCCUCGGCGACGAAGUCGUGUCAUCAUAUGACGAGGUAUUAGUCUUCUCUAUUUAAUUUUCACCUAUCUUAUGAUGUCC